GCGGGGGCACGACACCCACUAGUAGAUUAUUAGUGGCUUGAAAGUUAUUUGUUAGGGUACUGUGCUUAGAGUUACGCACUAGUGAUUCAAUCUACCGAUCUAAUAAAAUUAUUAGUAUUACUUUCACUAAGUACGUACCACUUUCACUAAGUACUAUCACUAAGUACUACCACUAAUGCAAAACCUCCUAACGGCUUUGUCGUUAUCGUUGAUCUACAAUAAACGGUUUGUCAUUACUACUAACAAUGUGGAAACUCUCCAACAGGAUUUUAUUCGUAUAAUACUUGAAAAUCUGUGUCUGGUAACUCCAGAUCAGAUUCAAGUAAUUGAUUUACUUGAGUUCACUACUGAACGAAAUUUAAUAAAUCAAUGUACUAUUCCCAUUGGUAAUGAAGAAGAUAAUGAAUAUGAAUUUAAACCAUAUAUAAUAUGGAAGAAUCUCGCUAAAGUUGAUGGACAAUUACAGAGAUACCUUUAUGAAUUAAUUACUAAGAUUGAUUUAUAUGAUACAAAGGAAUCUCGUAAUAAUCCUAGACCAUGUAUUAUAGAUGGGUAUAGUAUAAGGAAACCAGAUUUAUUUAUAAUAAUUGCUUUACUUGAUCAUAGACUGUAUUACUUAAAAAUUGAUCAAUAUCUUAAAUCCAAAUUUUGGUUUUCUAAUAAUUAUGUGAUUGAUAAAUCAUCAUCAAAACCUGAUCGAUUAACAUUACCCAUGAAUGAUUUUAGUUAUCAUGAUAAUAUUGCUUAUUUGAGACAAUUGAUUCCUAAUGUAUAUAUUAAACCAGAUAUAAAGAGAUAUAUAUAUUCACUUGUAGUUCAUAGUCGAAAUCAUCGACUUUGUUCAUUAGCUCCUAGACAAACUCGAUUACUGACUCGAAGUAUUGAUGAUAUUGAAGAUUUAGCUCGAGUUAUGGUAUUAUGGCAAAAAUUCAAUAAUCAAAAUCUAACUGAUUCAUUAUAUGUUACACCUGAUUUCGUUAAAGUUGCAAUGAGGAAAAUUGGGUAUUGGCUUAUUGAUUGGGAAUAUAAUAAAUUAUUUAGUAAUGUUAAUGAUAAUGAUGAUGAUAAUGAUAAUGAUGAAGAACAGGACGAGAAAGAUUAUAGACGGAGAAUGGAGAUUAGUAUGAUGACGGCUUAUUGGUAUGGUAGUGAUUAUAAGUAUGUUACGAAGUAUUUAGAUAAGAGUGAAUCAUUGAGAGAUGAUAGUACGCCUACGGGGUAUAGUAAUGUUAUAGUUGAGGAUGCGUUAAAGAGUGUGAGGCCACCUAUAUGAGAUGGGUAUAGUAUAUAUACAGG